CCUACUAAGAGAGGAUGUAUACUUGUGAACCUAUCUAGACUUCUAACCACCAAAUUAUGUCUAAUAUUCCAUCCAAUCCAUGAGACACAAAACAAAACAAAAAAAAAAUCCAUCCAUCCAUCCAUCCAUCCAGUUCGUUGUGCUGGUUUGGGACCAACGCCAUCGACUUAUUUGGGGCCUUCUUGUUCUUCAGCUUCAAUAAAUUCUACCACGACAUCAAACUCUAACGAGGUAGACGCUCUAAGAAGUGAAGUGAUAGAACUGAGAAAUGAACUGGCGAAAGCAAAAAGUGAGGUAGUUGAACUGAGAAGUGGGAUGGAUCAGCUGCAAAUGGAAGUAGACACACUGAAGACACUGUCCUUGCAACAUAUUCGUAGGGAGAAGGGGUCAAUGGAGGGUUCAAUUCGUGCACCAUCUUCAUCAAGCCAAAGUGCUACACGGGGUUGACAAAAGCUCCAGGAAGAGAGAGAAAGUCCCCUCUAACUACAAGCGAUGCACAAAGAUAAAGAUGAGCUGUUGGUGAUUCUGAAGAAAGCCUAAGUUCAAUAUUAUGGAUUUAGUUGGAACUUUAUAUUUGUUAAAGUUUACUUUGGUAGUAUUGUGUAGUAAUAAUGUGUACUUUGGAAAUUAGCAUUGUGUGGCAUGGAUAAUGGAGAAUAUUGUAGACUUUGAAGGUACUUUGCAUGUAUAGUUUAUGAGAAUUUUGAAAUGCUUCAGCAGGCGUGCAGGAUUUCUAGAAAUUAUGAAAA